CUUUUUGGUUAGUUCUCUUGCUAUAAAUAAUGGAUAGUUAUCAUUGUGGUCAUUCAGUUUUAUACGUUCUGAAACUAACAGUUCAAAAUGUCUGGUCGCGGUAAAGGAGGAAAAGGUCUAGGAAAAGGAGGCGCCAAGCGUCAUCGUAAGAUCCUUCGGGACAACAUCCAGGGUAUCACCAAGCCCGCCAUCCGUCGUCUUGCUCGUCGUGGUGGAGUCAAGAGAAUCUCUGGUCUGAUCUACGAAGAGACCCGUGGUGUCCUCAAGGUUUUCCUUGAGAAUGUCAUCCGUGAUGCUGUUACCUACACCGAGCACGCCAAAAGAAAGACCGUCACAGCCAUGGAUGUUGUGUAUGCUUUGAAACGCCAAGGACGUACCCUGUACGGAUUUGGUGGUUAGAUGAGUUAUUAACUCGAUAACACAAACAACGGCUCUUUUAAGAGCCACCACAUGAAACAAAAGUCAUGGCUAUGCUUAAGUAAAACAUAUUUUUCUUAUUUCCACAAAAAGCAUCUUCUAAGCAAUAAUAAUUUAUAUACACUUAUAAAGCGCAAGUUAGCACAAAAUGUUCAUCUGCGCUGGGUAAUCAAGCAAAUUGCUAUGACCGUAGCUGAUCAAAUUCAAACUCUACCACCAUGGGGCAUUGGCAUAAAACUUAAAAAUUUAUCCAACCUUGAAACAGGGUUCGUGGUAAACCGUUGCGUUAGCAUCACAAUCAUUAUUUUACUGAUAGUAAACCAACCAAAAAUGGUGGGGAAAAAAACUUUUCUAAGCUACGAACUAAAUGCAGACUUCAGCUUGUUUCAACAUAUCGAAUUGACUUGCAUAUUUAACUCCGUUUCGUUGUUUACAGUUAAUAUUUUGUUUCGUUUCUGACUUCGUCGUUUACUGUAAGCCGGGCAUAAGGUGGCGUUCUACAUUUGCAACAUUCUCGCAGAGAAAGUCUAAAAUAGAUACAAAAAUUACUGACAUUGCACAUAAGUUUCAGUUAAACUUUGGCCUUGUAAGGGAGGGCGCCAUUACUUGGGAAAUACAUUAGAAUAUUGUACGCUCGAUUUUGGUUUCUCCGGCUUCGUAUUUAGCCUUUUGUGCCACAGAACUGGUCAGAGAACGCUAAGAUCUGACUCAGCAAGAUUCGUAAUAAGAAACAACCAUUUAAUGGACGACUUUUCAGUGGUUCUUGAAAUGAAAAAAUCUUUAUUCGGGUUGAGUGUUGAAAACAAAAAAGGAAUCCAACCAAAUAACUGCUAAAACGCUUUUAACAUUUACUUUUUACUCAUAAAAACGUCUGGUGAUCUUAAGAGUCGCCAGAGACCAACGCUGAGAGAAAAAGUAUGAAAGAAUUAUUUUUAGUUUCUCCAACCCUGUACUCAAACUAUGGUAUUGCAGUAGCCACAAUCUACGCCGAACAUUUACAUAACAAAAGAAGAUGGUUGGAAAAUAUUUCAUGAUGUCAAGAAUUCUGGCAAUCAAUCCCAUUAAAUUUUCAUUGGUUUGUCGUACUUUUAGACAUACAAUAUUUGACCUUGUGGAUCUCUGAUGUAGGGUUUGUUAAAGCAAAUGUUAUCUGAUUUGUCGAUAUAAAAGUAAGCCAAUAUUUUUCUUUUCCUUUCAACGUAGUUGAAUAAAAGUGUCUUAUGAAAGAUACGAAUUUUCGUCAUUAAUAUAGAUGUCAUCACCAUCAGUACAAACUCAAGAUAAACCAAUGCUAUCAUUAAAAUAUUAAACUACAGGAUGUGAUUGUACCACCAAAGAUGUUGUUUGCUAUGAUCUUGAUUCAGUUUCGCGUCGACCGAUAUGGUGUGAUUGAAGGGCUGUCCAGUAUCAGCUGAACCACUGCCCUUUCAACUGAGCUUUCUUCGUUUGUUUGGCUGCAUUUUUUCGUUAUCAAAUGGCGAAAAGCUCUCGGCAGCCGGUUUUAGUACAAUAUUGGGAAUGAGCACCUUUAAAUAUAGCCUCACUGAAAUGCUUUCCUUGUCAUCUUGGUCUUUCUUUACGUGGUAGUGUGGCUCCGGCGAAUAUUUGUCAAAAUCCAUAUUUCUUCUUUAUUCGUAUACGAUUCUCGCCAUCGAUCUGUAAAUUUAAUCAACUGAAUACACUCAAA